ACUAAGUCACAAGGCUGGAACACUAAUGCCAAGUAAGCUGUUAACAAGUACAGUUUCUUUCGCAGUGUCUGUCACCAAAAAUCAUCAUGAUUACAGGAAAGAUCACUGGCCUCACAGUGACUGAUGUCCGAUUCCCAACAUCUCUGGGCCACCACGGUUCUGAUGCCAUGCACACAGACCCUGACUACUCUGCAGCAUAUGUUGUGAUUGAAACCGAUGCCAACGAUGGCUUAAAAGGCUACGGACUAACCUUCACUUUGGGAAAAGGCACUGAAAUCGUGGUGUGCGCGGUUAAAGCUCUCUCACAGCAUGUUGUGGGCCGUUCUUUGGAAGAUAUCAUUUGUGACUUCAGAGCGUUCUACAGGCAACUAACUAGCGACGGACAACUUAGAUGGAUAGGCCCAGAAAAAGGAGUGGUACAUCUGGCUACGGCUGCAGUUCUCAAUGCUGUGUGGGAUUUAUGGGCCAAAAAGGAAAAGAAGCCUCUAUGGAAGCUGUUGGUUGACAUGAAUCCCAAUCAGUUGCUCUCAUGCAUAGAUUUCAGAUAUAUAACUGAUGCGCUGACUGAGGAAGAAGCUCUUGAAAUCCUUCAAAAUGGAAAACUGGGACAGAAAGCAAGAGAAGAGCACAUGGAAAAGUUUGGAUACCCUGCUUAUACCACAUCAUGUGCCUGGCUAGGCUACUCAGACCAACAAUUACAAAACUUAUGCAGUAACGCACUGAAGGAUGGCUGGACAAAGUUUAAAGUAAAAGUUGGGGCAGAUUUAGAAGAUGACAAGCGGAGAUGCAAACUUAUCAGAAGCAUGAUUGGGCCUGACAACCAAAUGAUGCUUGAUGCAAACCAGAGGUGGGAUGUAAAUGAAGCCGUCCACUGGGUAUCAGAAUUAGCUGUAUACAAACCUGUAUGGAUCGAGGAACCUACAUCACCGGAUGACAUCCUUGGCCAUGCAACUAUUUCAAAGGCAUUAUCACCACUGGGAAUUGGUGUCGCCACAGGAGAGCAGUGCCACAACAGAGUAAUGUUUAAACAGUUCCUCCAGGCGAAAGCCCUACAAUAUCUUCAGAUUGACAGUUGCAGGCUGGGAAGUGUGAAUGAAAACCUGUCUGUACUACUAAUGGCAAAGAAAUUUAAUAUUCCUGUUUGCCCUCAUGCUGGUGGUGUUGGACUUUGUGAACUGGUACAACAUUUGAUAAUAUUUGAUUAUAUUUCGGUUUCAGGAAGUCUGGAAAACAGGAUGUGCGAAUAUGUGGAUCACCUGCAUGAGCAUUUCAAAUAUCCAGUAGUAAUCCACCAAGCUGCUUACAUGCCACCAAAGGAUCCUGGUUACUCAACAGAAAUCAAAGAAGAGUCUGUGUUACAAUAUCAGUUCCCAGAUGGUGCUGUUUGGCAGAAGCUAAUUCAGGAUAAUAGGGUGAAGGCUUGAGUCGUGGGGAACAGACACUGGAAUAUCUGGAGGGUGACAUUUGUAUUGCUAUGUCUAGAGAGGCGUACAAUAAAUAAUAAGGUUGAUUAUUAAAUUAAUGGAUUGCAUAAAGAAGAAAAACUGGAGCGAUGCAUACAGUUGCACUAUGGUAUAUCUCCCUUAGAAACGUUAGGCUUUUUUUCUUAACAC